AUGGCAGCCAUCAUCGAAUAAGCAGUAACUAUCAUCGUUGAAGAAGUAAGAAAGACAAAGAAAAACGAACCAAAGGUUUUCCCGUUCCUUCUCAUGGUAGAUAAAGAAGCUUUUGGCCGCAUUGAAGAACAAACAUUCAUUUUGAAAAGCUUUUGGAAGUCACAAGCAAAUAAAAUCAUUGUCGCCAGAAAGAGUGACACCAAAAGCAUUGUAGGCUAUGCCUGCUACCUUGAGAUGGACGGAGGCUGCUAUCUUAUGAGAAUUGGAGUGCGCUCAAAAAGCCAGAGACAAGGCAUCGGUCGCACUCUUAUGAAGUACUUAUUCAACAAAUACCCGAAUUACCUCUCAUUAGAUGUAAGCACCGACAAUAUCAAGGCCGUGCAAUUUUACAAACGUAUUGGCCUUCAAAUAAUCGAUACUUACCUCUCCGAAGACAAGGUGGAGUUCAACAAGUUUGACACUCCAGCAGACUUCAUUUACAUAGAGUCUUAAUACAAUUAAUCUCAAAUUAAAAAACACACUCAAAUCUCUUGCACAGGUGACACCAAGGAGGAGGAGAAAAAGCAAGAUGAUAUCACUGAUGACGAUAACGAGACUUAACUCAGUGAGUCUGAUUCAGCAUCUGAAUAGUCUACUAUUCCCACUGUAAAUAUUACUACUCUAUAGGAAGCAUAACUCGAAAUCUAAUAACAAAUUUUAGUUUGA